CAUAAAAAUGGCUAUUCGUGUUUGUCAACCUUUGCCUCUCCUAAUUUUUGUAAUUGCUUUAGUUCUAUCUUCAGGUCCAAGUCCAACAACAGGAUUUAAUUUGUUCCCCAACUUGUUCUCCGGUUGCCUAGGGUUUUGCACUUCUGGUGAUGCCAAAUGCAACGAGAAAUGUAUUAGUAAAGGGUAUUCGGGGGGUGCAUGUGGUGACCAUGCUGGUUUGCUUUGUUGUUGUGAUAAAAAAUGAUUUAUAUUGUAACUAAGAAUUAUUGAUGACACUGAUGAAUAAAAAUGUACUCAAACAAAGCUUUGGUUAUAAUUAAAGUUAAAAUUCA